UGAAAGUCAUUUUCUAAUGACACAUUUUGUCAAUUUCGAUCAGUUAAUAAUUUAAAUGAAGCAUCAAAAUUUGCAGUGAACAAUACGGCCACAUUAUACAUCGUCGGUGACAUGAGUCGAAGAAUUGGUUUCGAAACAUGCGCAUUGGCCGAUCCAUGUUUUAUUUUGUGCAUGUGUUGUGUGUUGCGUGAUUGAGUAUCUACGAUGAUUGUGGUAAAUUAAAGUGGAGAAAGUUCAUUGAAAGACUCGAUGAUGGUCUUGGACCAUUUGAAAUUUAGUUAUUUUCUAAAAACAAAUAAGACUCAGUGGAUUAAAGCACCGUGCAUACGUAAGAAAGCUUCAAACGUAUUUGAAGCUUUCGAGGCCGUGUUCAUGGAACUAUGAACCUAGACUCGUUGUCCUUUACUUUGUCACAAAUAAGUUAUUUAGUUGAGUCGCUCACUAAAAAGAAUCAUAAACAAGUAGUAGCGGACCUAACGAAGUUAGUCAGUUUGCAUGGUCUGGAGGCGGACCGUCACUUGCUCCAAUGUCUGUUUUCAUCCGUGGACUUUUCUGAGUCUGCAAACAAGAAUUCAGUACCAUCAAUCCAAAGUCAGGUCCUGCUGAAUCAGUUUGCCAACUUACUGAACAAACCAUCACUGUUAACAUCUGUUUGUUACCUCACAGACAAUCGACUAGUUACCCACAAGACUUUGAAAUUUGGACCCCAUUUCUUUGUUCAGUUGAGCAAGUGCCUUCGCCUCUCAGCUGUCCAGGAAGUUGUAUUUGCCCUUGCUUUGCGCCACUCUUCCAACCCCGAGGUCGCAAAUCUUGCCCAAAACCAUUUGAGAGCUUGUGUACCUGCUCUUGUUCAAUCCUAUAUUGACACUGAAGGGAGCAGCCGUCAGCACGAGGGAGGACUUCACGAAACAACACCAGAAGUUCUCCAUCUCAUCUUAUCUGCUGUACUUAAAGCUCCCAAAGAAGUAGGACUUACUAAUAACAUCCACACCAGUUUUUUAAGCACCUUGCAAAAGGAUUUCCCUAAAGAACUAGUUCCCGUAGUGCUAUCACCAUUAGUGUACCCAGAACAGUGUGAAAUUGCUCCAGAAAUGUCAUCGGAAGGCCCCGGUCUAUCCGGGGGUAUGUUAGAAACAUCACUUGCUGAUGUAAUUGGUGAAAUUGGUUACACAUUUACCGCGUCAGUGGAAGAAUGUCGAAAUCAUUUAAUCAAACUUGGGGGCAGAGAUAUCACCCCAGGUGUUGUAGCCAGGGUUCUAUCAGUUAUGUGCAGAACACACAGUGGCCUUGAUGACGCCUUCAAUAAAAAUUCAGAGAGAGUCUCAUGGAACAUUGAAGUAUUUAUACAAGCUCUAAAAGAAGUUGUACAAAACAUUCAAUGGAACAGUGUGGCCGCUGAACUUGAUCAUCCUGAUUUCCUCAUCAAAGAUAGGCCUGGAUUGGCUCUUCUCAUUAAUGCCAUUAGACAAGGUAUACAAUCAAUGGGUUUCCAUCCAGAAACCUUCCCCAUUGAUCAGUUUUACAAAAGGUGGGUCAAUGUAGAUGGUCAGUUUAGUCUGAUCCAUUCCAUCCUCAAGAAUCCUGACAUAUUCUGUUUUUCUGAAUAUCCUUGUGUAUCAGUAUCAGUAGAAGUUUUAAAAACUCCCCCUGAACAAGACAGCAAAGAUUUGGCCAACUGGCGGUCACUAAACCUCAUCGAGUUACUCCUUCACAUGUCGGAAGUCGGCCUCUAUAAUCACGUCCAAGAACUGUUCAAAUUUCCAUUAAAUAAUUGUCCAGAUGUUUUAGUACUGGCCCUCCUACAAAUCUCAGGUCCAGUCACACUUUUAAGGCAGGAACUAUUCACCAACCUUAUACCUAUUUUCUUGGGCAAUCACCCUAAUUCGGCCAUAAUCCUGCACAACGUCUGGCACACCCAAAACCUCAACAUCAAACCCAUUAUAAUGCAUGCCAUGGCCGAAUGGUACUCCAGAGGCGAGUGCGAUCAGACCAGACUAUCCCGCAUCUUAGACGUAGCUCAAGACCUUAAAGCUCUCUCCAUGCUUCUUAACGCGCAAAACGCCCAAUCCUAUCCGUUCAUCAUCGACCUGGCCUGUCUGGCAUCGCGACGCGAGUAUCUCAAACUGGAGAAAUGGCUCAGCGACAAGAUACGCGAGCACGGCGAACCGUUCGUACUAGCGUGCAUCAAGUUCCUGCAUCGGCGGAUACAACAGGUCACCAAAUCGGACGAACUGAGCAUGAAGAACGCGGCACUCCCCACCGAAACACUAACGACGAUGAUAGUCUGUCUGCAGAGCGCGAUCCAGUCGGUCGGGCCCGAAUGUCAGGAUCACAUCGUGGCCACCGUGAACAACGCCAGCAUGAUACUCAAACAGAGGCAGCAGCAGCAGCAACAACAGCAGCAGCAGCAGGCACAGCAGCCGGCGGCGAUACUCAGAGGUCGCGGCGUUGAGGGGGCGAUGAAUCCGUCCGUCUUCGCGACGGGUCAGCUCUACAAUCACACGGCGGUCGAUGCGAUUCCGGGACUCGCAACAAACUUAGCCGGCCUCAACUUGACUGGACCGGCCAGUUCUGCGUUCAGCAUCCAGGCCGGUCUGGGCCAGCUGGUGUCGUCGCCGGGCUCGCCGUCCCGCAUCCUGAACGCCGGCCCGUCCAACAGUCCGUUCCCGAUGAUGCCGAUGGGUCAUCAGGGUCCGGUCGGCGGCACCAGUUCGUCCAUAGUGCUCGGCGUGAACCAGAUGAACAACAUGGGACGCAUGCCGAAUCCGACGAUCGACAAGACACGACUGCCCGACUACAACCUGUUCCCGGAGGUGUCGCCGAACGUUUCGAAGGAGAUCGAGGACGAGGCGAACGGCUACUUCCAGCGGAUCUACAACCAUCCGCCCAAUCCCAUUUUGUCCAUAGACGAAGUGUUGGACAUGCUUAGGCAGUUCCAAGACUCGCACAAACAACGUGAGAAAGAAGUUUUUAACUGCAUGCUGCGCAACUUAUUCGAAGAAUACAAGUUUUUCCCCCAAUAUCCCGAUAAAGAACUGCACAUAACUGCCCAGCUAUUCGGCGGCAUAAUCGAACGAGGCAUAGUGACAUCCUACAUUGCUCUAGGCCUAGCCCUACGCUUCGUCCUGGAGGCACUUAAGAAGCCGGAAGGCUCCAAAAUGUACUACUUCGGCAUCGCGGCGUUGGACCGUUUCAAGAGCAGACUGAAAGAGUACCACAAGUAUUGCGAACAUGUGCGUGCCAUACCACAUUUCAGUGAUUUCCCACAACACCUGCAGGAGUACGUCGAGUACGGCUUGCAAAGCAUGGAACCGCCGAACAAACCACAAGGUCAGGUUCUACCCGCCAACUUGGCGGCAAUGCUGGCGCCACCCACCACGCCCGUCACUCAAGUGUACAAAUCAAAUUCAUCAAUAGCUGCGAUUUCGAACAGCAAAACGAGCACGACGACGGCGUCCAGCCAAUCGAUGGGCAGCAGACCAUCGAUAGCCAAUGCAACGAACAUCGACACUCUUCUAGUGGCGACGGAAAAGGAGGAAAAAUUGGUGGCACCGCCCGAAGUCAUUCAAGACAAGACUGCGUUUAUAUUCAAUAAUUUGAGUCAGUUGAAUUUGAAGAACAAAUGCGACGAACUUAGGGAUCUGAUAACGGAGGAGUACUACGCGUGGCUCUCGCAAUAUCUGGUCAUGAAACGGGCAUCGAUCGAAUUUAACUUUCACGUGUUGUAUUCGAAUUUCUUGGACACGUUGGCCGUUUCGGAGAUCAUGAGGAUGGUCACGCGGGAAACAUUCAGAAACAUCAAAGUACUGUUACGAUCCGACAAAGAAAUCGCCAAUUUUUCCGACAGGUCUUUGUUAAAAAAUCUGGGACACUGGCUGGGUAUGUUGACCCUGGGCCGCAACAAACCUAUAUUGCAAAUCGACAUCGAUCUGAAAGCCCUGCUAGUCGAGGCCUACCACAAAGGACAACAGGAACUGUUGUAUGUGGUACCCUUUGUUGCCAAGGUUUUAGAAUCGUGUUCAAAAAGUAAGGUCUUCAAACCGCCCAACCCGUGGACGAUGGCCAUCAUGAACGUUCUGGCCGAGCUGUGGCACGAACAAGACUUAAAACUGACGCUAAAAUUUGAAAUUGAAGUUUUGUGCAAAAACCUAGAUAUAGACGUAUCACAAUUGAAGCCAACGAUGUACCUGAAGGAUCCCGAACGCAUACGCAAGAUUGAGUAUCAACUGUCCCCGCCGACCAAGAAGGAGACGAACGCCACUACGAUGGCAGUUAACGUACAACCCGGCAAUCUCAACGAUCCCGAACUGUCGAACAUAAUGCCCAACCAGACGGCCGGUUCGCCGGUGGUCCAGAACAACAGCACGACGCCCACAUCGUCGAUGGCCGGCCCGCCAGAUCCUCGUUUCUCGUACAGCGACAUCCAGAUCGUUGGAAUGGUCGCCUUCCAAUCGCACACGAUCGUCAGUCCCUCCAUUAUGCUGUUCCAGAAUCAUCCGCAGCUUAAGCCGCUGGUGAAGACGUCUAUCGAACGUGCCGUCCAGGAAUGGAUAGCACCUGUGGUCGACAGAUCGAUCAAAAUCGCCCUGCAAACGUGCGAGCAAGUCAUUAGGAAAGACUUCGCCCUUGACGGUGACGAGAACCGAAUGCGUAUGGCCGCCCAUUACAUGGUGCGGAACCUCACAGCCGGCAUGGCCAUGAUUACCUGCCGCGACCAGCUGCUGACCGCCAUCAAUACGCACCUGAAAACCGCCCUGUUGGCAAACUUGGGCACACCCACCGUCCAACAGAAGGAAAUGAUCGAUCAUGCCGCCACCGUCAUCGCCAACGAGAACAUGGAGUUGGCAUGUGCUUUCGUACAGAAAACAGCGGUGGAGAAGGCUAUUCCAGAGAUUGACAAACGAUUGAUCAACGAGUAUGAAAUGAGGAAACAGGCCCGACAAGAGGGAAGGCGUUACUGCGACCCGGGCGUGUUGUCGUUUCACGCCGAGCGCAUGCCCGAGCCGAUACGACUGAAAGUCGGCGGCAUUUCGGCCGCCCAGAUGGCCGUCUACGAGGAAUUCGCCCGCAACAUUCCCGGCUUCUUGCCGAACGAACGCGACACCAUACUGAUGUCGACGAAACAGACGACGCCGAUCGAUGCGCAGCAACAACCGCAGCCACAGCCACAGCAGCCGCAUCCGUCGACGCCGUUCCAAUUGGCCCAGGCCUCCGUCCACAACGACGAGCUCGGAGUGUUGUAUGAGAAGCUCGCACUGGAACUGGAGCAGUUCAUACAGGCGAUCGGUGCGCAGGCCCAGUAUCAGUUGAUAGCGAACUGUUUGACGAUGCAGCGGGAUUACCUCAUGCAUUCGAUUCGCAGCAGAGAGACGCCACCAGCCAAUAUCGUGCAGAAGUCCGUGGAGUGCCUGCAAGAAGGUCUCACGCCCACGAUGAACGACACCGAUCUGGUGGUGAUCAAAUUCAAAGAGAUUAUCGUCCGCAUCUUGAAAUCAUUGCAAGAUCCGCGUGUCUUUGGCCAACAAUGGACGAACAAGGUCGUCACACGUUGCCUGACCGAAUGUCGCGAGGAGUUACGUUACAACAUCGACGCCUUCGACACCCUCCUCAAAUCCGGUCUGGUCAACAUCAACCAAUACGACAUGGCACUGGCCAACUGCAUGGAGAACGGUCUCAACUACAUCGCCGUCACGUUCGCUAUGCAACUGGUCCAAAUGUAUCUGAUCGACGACCGAACGAAUCAAUACAUAGUCGACGCGGAUCUGUGCAACACCAUCGACAUGCUGGCGAAAAUCAAUUCGCACGCACGACAGCCGCCGGAAGGACUGACGAACAUGAUCGACAUCUUGAGACAGUCGCACGAGCCCAAUUUCUUCGGCGAACGAACGCCGAUCGGACCCACUGUACAUAUUCACAACGGUAUCAUGCAGGUGCGUGCACCAAGCUAUGAGGACCCGCCAGGUCUGGUGGAGAAGACCGACUACCUGCUCAGGGACUGGAUAACGAUAUACACGUCGCAACAUCAGGGACGCGACUCAACGAAGGCCUUCAGCAUGUUCGUCCACCAGAUGAACGUGCACGGCAUACUCAAGACGGACGAUCUGAUCACGCGCUUCUUCCGCCUGUCGACACAGCUGUGCGUCGAGACUGUGUACCGAUCGCUGACCGACAAGAGCGUCAACAUCGCGUUGAUGCGUCCCAAGUGCUACCACACUUUAGACGCAUUCGUCAGAUUGGUGGCGCUCCUCGUCAAACAUUCCGGCGAGGCGAACAACACAACGACGAAGAUCCAUCUGUUAAACAAAGUUUUAGGCAUCGUGGCCGGUUGUCUGUUACAAGAUCACGAAAUGCGUUCAGUCGAAUUCCAACAGUUGCCUUACCAGCGCAUCUUCACGAUGCUCUUCCUCGAACUGAACACGCCCGAACCUGUGCUCGAAGCCAUAAACUAUCACGUGCUGACCGCCUACUGUCACACGUUGCACAUACUGCGACCGUCGAAGGCCGCAGGUUUCUGUUACGCCUGGCUCGAACUGGUGUCCAAUCGCGUGUUCAUGGGACGCAUGCUGGCCACGACGCCGCAACAAAAAUGUUGGCCGCUCUACGCCCAACUGCUGAUCGAUCUCUUCAAGUACUUGGCGCCGUUCUUGAGGAACGCCGAACUGGCCAAGCCGGUGACGAUGCUUUACAAGGGCACGUUACGGGUGCUGCUGGUGCUGCUGCACGACUUCCCCGAAUUCCUAUGCGACUACCAUUACGGUUUUUGCGACGUGAUACCGCCCAACUGUAUCCAGAUGAGGAAUCUGAUUUUGUCGGCGUUCCCGCGUAACAUGCGCUUACCAGAUCCUUUCACACCCAACCUUAAGGUGGAUAUGCUAGCUGAGAUAACAUACGCGCCGCGUAUUCUGACGAACAUCUCUCUACUCAUCACUCCCGCCCAAUUCAAGAAGGAUCUGGACUCGUAUCUGAAGGCAAGGGCGCCCGUCACCUUCCUGUCGGAGCUGCGAGGCAAUCUGCAAGUGUCUAACGAACCUGGCGUCCGAUACAACAUCCAGCUGAUGAACGCGCUGGUGCUGUACGUCGGUAUUCAGGCCAUCAAUCACAUAAGGAACAAAGGCCACCAGCCCAACAUGUCGACCAUCACGCACAGCGCACACAUGGACAUCUUCCAGAAUCUCGCUGUCGAUCUCGACACGGAAGGACGGUACUUAUUCUUGAAUGCGAUCGCGAACCAAUUGAGGUAUCCGAACAGCCACACGCAUUACUUCUCGUGCACGCUCCUGUACUUGUUCGCGGAAGCGAACACCGAAGCGAUGCAGGAACAGAUCACGAGAGUGCUGCUCGAAAGGCUGAUCGUGAACAGGCCGCAUCCGUGGGGCUUGCUCAUCACCUUCAUCGAACUUAUCAAGAACCCCACCUACCACUUUUGGGAGCACGAGUUCGUCCAUUGCGCACCGGAAAUUGAAAAACUAUUCGAGUCGGUUGCCAGAUCGUGUAUGGUAAACAAAACUGUCCAACCACAAGAGGGGGAAAUACAAGAGUGAUAAACAUUUUUGUGAUCUGUACAUAGUAUAAAAAACGAUUAUUCUCUGUGAAUUUUAUUUUGUUUAUAAUCGAUUCAUUAAUUAUAAUUAGCUUAUGUUUAAGUUUCGGGAAAUGCAUUUUAUUUUUUUAGUUAUAAGGUACAUAGUGUAUAGUACAGUACUGUAAUAUAUUAGAUAUUUUUAAGAAAUUUUCAAGUAUUUGUAACUAUUAUACAUAUAAAAUUGUGGAUGUAAUAAAUGGUUUUCAAUGUUUUGAGCA